AAAAGCUCUGCAAUAUGUGUGUGUCCUUGUAAGGGCCACGACUAGACAAGAAUCAACAAGCUCAACAGAGAGCAGCGUCGGACAUGAGGCAUUUACUGAGUGUUCCCCGGCUAGCCUCACAGGCUUUCAGCACAACAGUCCGGCAAAUGAAAAACAAGGUGCCUGACAGACAGAAGGUUUUCCUGGAGGAUAACGGUCUGCCAGUCCACAUUAAAGGAGGCUCUACUGAUGUCCUUCUGUACCGUUUGACCAUGACCAUCACAAUAACAGGCACUGGCUUUUCCUUUUACUGGUUGCUGUUGGCCUGUAUGCCCAAGAGUAAAGCAUAAUAACUUCAAAACUGCAUAAUGCUGUACAAAUCUAUUUCAUUUCAAAUACCUUAAACAAUAAAACACAUAUAUGAAACAUGAAUACA